GUCAUAUGUGGAUGUGAGAUUAGGGCCCGGCUCUGUGUGCCUGAAAUCCUGUGUGAUUAGCACAGGCAGAGCUGAGAUGAUACGGAAUUAAGGAAGGGACACAGAGCACAGACAUGGACUGGCUCUUCCAGCUCUGAGCGCUCCGGGCUCUUCCAGGGUCGCGGCGGAUGAGAUGUCAUAUCUCAGACCUUUUAGGAAAGAGUUGGAGAGAUUCGACGGCCUGUCGCUGAUCUACUGGACACUAAUGGGUCCCUACGGAAUAGACAGAACCGUGUACUGCAUGGAGUUCAAUGACUGUGCCAACGGAUUGGGAAUCAAAGUCAUUGGAGGAUUGCGGGAAUUCAGCAGAGAAGAAUACGGAGUAUAUGUGAAAAGAAUCCUCCCUGGAGGCGUGGCCUAUUCCGAUGGGCGGCUCCAGCCUGGAGAUCAGAUUCUGGAAGUGAACGGAGAAAGUUUGCUGGGCGUGUCCAACGAGAGAGCUGUAGACAUUUUGCGGGCAGCAUCAGCAACCAGCUACAUGAGACUCAUCAUUGCUCGGGACGACGAGGCGAGGAAGGAAUUCUCAGAACUGCUGGAGAAAUGCAGCUCUCACAGUGACAAUGGGUCGUCUCGGAGUUCUCCCAUAAUGCACGGCAGUCGCUAUCUGGAAAGCACGUCGUCCGAGUCCUCGUCUCGCUCCCAGAGUCCUUUGCUGCAAAGUCCCAGCAGCUGCCACAGCCAGUUUGGAGGCCCCAGCAGCCUCUCACCGUACUCCAUGUCCAGCGACUCCGGAAUCCAACACAUCUCCAUCCUCCGCUCUACCGGCCUGGGUCUGGUGAUCAGCGGCGGCUCCAAUCGCCAGGAGGGGCCCAUGGUCUACAUACAUGAGUUGCUGCCGGAUGGAGACAGCUAUAGGGACGGACGGCUUCGGCCAGGUGACCAUCUGGUCUCCAUCAAUAAAGACUCGCUGAUCGGAGUCACCAACGAGGAAGCCAAGAGGAUACUGAACAGGUCCAGGCUCAGGAGUUUCUUUUGUCUUCUAAGACAGGACAGCUGCACCGAGGUGUCCUUCGUCCCAAGCGCAUUGCGAAUGCUGGGAGGCAGUACUUCUUCGUCGCUGCAGCACAGGAUGCUGGGAAACGGGCUGCCCUCCUGCAGGCUGAAAGUCCACGUCCGAUCUCCAGAGUGCCGACAUGAAAACAAUGUGCCUUCCCCGUCUCCUGAUAUCUGUCCUCCUGAACUGACCAUUUCUGUUCCGGUAUCCUCGCCGAUCCACAGGACAUCAUCCCUCAAGCAGAAAGUCAUGUUGGAUCCCCACGUCCGGAUCAAAGAGGAGAAACUGGAACUGCUCUUGCAGUUUCUGGGGUUGGAGGUGUCGGAGGAGAAGAGGAGAGAGAUCCAUCAGGGCCUGAUUACUGACUGCCAGGGCACAAUAGCCUAUGGAGACUUGCUGCAGGUCCUGCGUGACUAUCUACAGGAUGAGUUGGAGGAGGCGAACCUAGAUGCCAAUUGCCUGCUCUUCACCCAUUGUGAAGUGGCCAACUUACUCGACACCUCUGCGUUCCACUCCCUUGUCACCAAGGAGGAGGACAUACCAAGGUUCUCCGACAGCUUAGAGCUGGAACAGCUGCAAGACGAGGUGUCGGAAUUGAGGCAAGAGGUCCGGCGUCUGAAGGCGCUGCUAGUAGAAGUAGAAACCAGUAAGAAAGUGACAGAAGAAGAACUCCAAAGAAUGAACCAGAAAGUCCUGGGACUCCUAUCCGAGAACCGCUGUCUUCACAACAAGCUUGAGGUGGCCGACGCGGCCCAGCAACAGGCGCACAGUGCUGAACACGACUAUGAGGAGGUCAUCCAUCUUCUGGAGACCGAAAUUACAGAGCUUAAGACACAGUUGUCUGGGAAAAAGUUGAUGACUUUGGAAGUCAGUGAGGGUUUGGAUUUAAACAGACGGUUAUCAUUGUCAGACUGUCAGUUACGUAAAUCUGAAAUCUCCCGCAAACACCUGGAGGUGUCCAAUAAGAAACUACUCAGCUUUGUACAGAAAAUUCAGAAGCAUUUAAUGUCAGUCCACCUAAAUGAGGAGAAAAGAACCGAAGACCUGGAGACCAGCUAUGAUGGCAAUGCUCUGAAUGCCUGCUUGCCCUCUGCACAGUUACUGGUUACAGAAGUCAGCAAUAUCCUAGAAUCCUGUAACGCCUGCCCACUUUCAUGUGCUGACCCCCAAAAGAACAGACGCCGGUCAGAUCAAUCAGGGUCAGAAGCACGCGGACGCAAAGCCUUAACUGCGGCGCGGAAGUAUUAUACUCAGCCAAAGACUCAAAGGACAAGCCGAAAUAGGUCAAAAUGGCCUCUCGCUCUGCUGGUGGAUUUGGACUCAAAAGAGACUCUUCAAUCGAGCCCGAGUACAAUUAAUGAGAGCAGCAAUGUUACACCAGCCAUCCUAAAACAGCAUUUCCCAAAGAACGUUGUUGUGGUUUCAUGUCAAGAACGGAGAACUAAUGAACGUGCCAAAUUUUUCACAACCCCGACUAUGGCACACGCAGCUGAAGCAUGGCCGCUUUUCAUUGGCCCAGGUUACCGGACCGUGAAUUAA